UCUGAUUGGUCCGUUAGCCGCUGUUUUGACCACGUGAUGCUAAAGAUGGCGGCCAGCACCGGUGGUAAAGACGGUCAGGACAGUAUACUGGAGCCGCUGUGUUUUCCAGAGGAGUCAGCUGAUGGCCCCAGUGCUCCCAGUCUGCAGUGUCCCAGCGCAGAGCCGCUGGUGUGUCUCUUCUGUCCCGAGUCCGUCCCUCUGCAGCAGAAAGACGUCCUCCUCAAACACCUGCUGCUGGAGCACAAGCUGGUCAUCGCCGACGUCAAACUCAUCGCAGACGUCCCAAAGUACAUGUUGUACUGGAAGGGCAGAUUCAUGGAGCAGCCGGUCACAGACUUCUGCAGCGUGAUCAAGACAAACUCCACCGGUCCUGUUGAGAAGCAGGAGGACUACUUCCUGCUGUGUGACGUCCUUCCAGAAGACCGAGUCCUCCGAGAAAGACUCCAACAGAAACGACUGGAGGAGGUGCUGGAGCAGCAGCAGAAGGAGAGAGACGACAGCAGCUUCCAGCGUCUCUGCAUGUUCUGCAGUGAAGAGUUUGCUGGAAACAGGUCGUCUCUGCUGAACCACAUGGCCAGAGAACAUUCCUUCAGCAUCGGACUGCCAGACAACAUCGUUUACUGCGACCAGUUCCUGGACACUCUGCAGAGCAAACUGGACAACCUGCAGUGUUUGUACUGUGAGAAAACCUUCCGAGAUAAAACCACUCUGAAGGAUCACAUGAGGAAGAAAGCUCACCGCCGCAUCAACGCCAACAACUGCGAAUACGACCGCUUCUACGUCAUCAACUACCUGGAGCUGGGGAAGACCUGGGAGGAAGUGCAGAGCGAGGAUGACCGAGAGCUGGUAGACGAUGAAGACGACGACUGGUCGGACUGGCGGGCUCAUCCGGUGUCUGCUGUGUGUCUGUUCUGUGAUCAUCAGUCAGAGACGAUGGAUCAGAUCUACACACACAUGAAGGAAGCUCAUGGUUUUGAUCUCCACAAAGUGAGGACAGAACUCAAUCUCAGGUUCUACCAGCAGGUGAAGCUGGUGAACUUCAUCCGGCGGCAGAUCCACCAGAGCCGCUGCUACGGCUGCCAGGAGAAGUUCGCCUCCAGAGACGACGUCCUCCGUCACAUCGAGGCUGAAGGUCACGUGAUGAAGCUGCCGGACAUGUCGACCUGGAACCAACCACAGUAUUACUUCCCCACGUAUGAGAACGACGCCCUCCUGUGCACACUAUCUGACAGCGAUGAAGAUGAAAGUGACGAGACAAAUCACGGCGAGGACGUCCCGGUUAUCGCCGAGGACAUUUCCAACCUCAGAGCGCUGAAACAGAGCAGCGUCCUCCACCAGCUGCUGAAGACCAGAGACUCCUGCAGAUAGGACGGCAGACAGUUUUGGGAAGUGGGGUGGUUGGACUUCUUCGUUUCUUUCAUUUGGACUGAAUUCUUCCUCUCACCAGACUUGUCGUCCCUGUGUGCACCAGGGCUGUGAAAAAGUGCUAAUAAACUGAAGUGUUUUUGCUGGAUCUGUCA